GUUUUUGUUUUCAUGAACUCAAAAACCAGAGAUGAGUAAACCCCAGCAUGAACCUCCUUAUGAAAUUGAGAACCAGUUUAUAUUGCGUCUGCCUCCGGAACAUGCUGCUACUGUCAGAGAAAUUAUACAAUCUGGAAGUGUUGCCAUGAAAGAUAAACUAAAAAUUGACUUGUCUUCUGAUGGACGUCAUGCAGCUGUUGAGGUGAAAGAUGUCUCACUAACUGCUAAGGUGGUUGACUUGCCUUGCGUUAUUGGAAGUCUGAAGACUCUUGACAAUAAAAUGUUUUAUAAAACGGCAGAUAUUUCCCAGAUGCUUGUGUGCACUGAGGAUUGUGGUCUCCACUCUCCUCCGGAAGAAGCAGUUACCUCUACUGAUCUUAAAGAAAUCAAGAAAAAGGAAAAGGAGAGACGGAAAAAAUAUGGCUGGAAGCAUGGCAUUACUCCACCACUUAAGAAUGUCAGAAAGAAAAGGUUCCGCAAAACAAGAAGAAAGCUGGUUGAUUUCAAACAAGUCAAAGAAGUCAGCUUUACUGAGGGCACUGACUCUCCUGAUUCAGAAAAGGAAGUGAAAAGACUGCUGUACUCUGAUGCUGAAGCUGUCAGUGUCCGAUGGGAAGUAAUUGCUGAAGGUGAAACCAAGGAAAUUGAAAGUAAAGGCUCUGUUCCAAGCUUUGAGAUGUCCCCAGGAACAAGUGGCUAUAAGCGGGGUGAUAGCUCACCAGAAUAUCAUAUGCUUCGGAGGAUACUCAAUGAUUCUAGCAAUAGCAGUGAUGAUGAGGAGGAAAAGGAUAAGUACCGGGACGAGGACGAGGACGAGGAGGAGGAGGAAGAGGAGGAGGAUGAUGAUGAUGAUGAUGAUGAUGAUGAUGAUGAUGAAGAAGAAGAAUUUUACUAUGAGGAUAAUGAAGAGGCGGAACAGUAUUAUGAAGAGAAUAUGGAAAGGGAGCUACAGGCCAAGUUAAUUGAAUUUGGCCAGUGUAAGACAAAGGAAGGAAUCAGUUUAAUAGUCGUAGAAAUUCGGAAGCAUAUUCAUUACAUGGAGAAAAAGAUCCAAGAGAUUCAGUGCAGAGCACAAAGACAAAAGAAUCUCAUCAAGAAAGUGGAAAACCUGACACUGAAGAAUCAUUUAUACUCUGUGCUGGAGCAGCUUGAGUUACAGAAAAAACAAAAAAAUGAGCAGGUAAGAAAUGUGUUUUCAAAUCAAUCAGAAAAUAUUUGAUACAAAUAAUACCCCACCCAACCCUCCAUCUCAUUUCUGAC